CGGGAGCGCGGGGGCGGGCUCUCGUCUUCACUUUCUCUUUCCAUUUUCCGGCUUCCGCUGCCGCGCUCCUCCAAAUUCAGGAUCCCUGGUCACCCUCUCCCACUCCUCUGGCUUGCAGUCUCCUUUGGACAGAUGAUCGGCCUUCUCCCAGAUUCCCCAACUUGGGGAAAAGAUGAAGCCCAAGGGCAGAGCCAAGCCUGGUCCUGAGGAAGGCAGGGCAGCCCCCUCUCUGCCUGUGAGACAAGCGCUUCCCAAGCAGGGUCCCUUCCCCAUUUCCUUCCCCAAUGCAGGCCCUGAGCCCUGGUGCACCCCCAGCCAGCUGGCCUCAGAGGCUGGGAGGGCUACGGUCAUCCCCAUUCCCUCAUCCUGCCCUGGAUGUUCUGCACAGCCUGGCCCGGGCCCUGCUCUUCCCUGCCUACUGGGCCCUGGACAGGCUUCUGGUCUGUUGUGUGCCCACUCCCCGCACUCCAUUCCCCCUUUUUGCUCCCUUCCCAAGGGGGCUGUGUCAUUUUCUGGUCACCCUGCUAGGAGCUUUAGCUUCCCUGCUACUGCUGCUAGCAGCUCUACCCCUCCUGCUCCUGGGCCUGCUUUUCUGGUUACCUCUGCAAUACUGUCGACGCCCUUUCUGCUACCAUCCACCUCCUGCGAACUGGACACCUCCCUCACCCUGGUAUCCCCUGUCGGACCCACACCGAAGCUUUGGCUUUCUCAGUGCCAACCUCUGCUUGCUGCCCGAUGGUCUUGCCCGGUUCAGCAACCUGCAGCAUACUCAGAAGCGGGCAGAGUGGAUGGGCACUGCCCUUCUUGGAGGAGCCAAAGGGCCAAGCUAUGGGGCCACAGGUUCCAGUCCACCCCGGACUGGUUCCCUGGUGGGGGAGUUGAUAUCAGCCCUACCGGGUAGCCUGGACUUUGUGUGCCUUCAGGAAACAUUCGAUGUACGGGCAGAAAGCAGGCUGGCCCAGCACCUGGCAACCACCCUAGGCCCUGUGAUAUAUGAUGUGGGAACCACUGGCUUCUAUCCAGGGCCUCAGCUCAAACUCCUGGGUAGUGGGCUCUUGCUGGUUUCCCGAUACCCCAUACUGAGUGCCCGCUUCUUGCCCUUUCCCAAUGGCCGGAGGGAGGAUGCACUUGCCUCCAAGGGAUUACUCUCUGUUCAGGUGCAGCUGGGUAUGCUGGACAGGCGGAGGAUUGUGGGCUACCUGCACUGUACCCACCUGCAUGCCCCUGAGGAGGAUUGGGCCAUUCGCUGUGAGCAGCUUUCACUCCUGCUGGGCUGGGCGGAGCAGUUUGAAGCACAGAGUGACAAGGAUGACGAUGCUGUUGCCUUCAGUGUACUUAUGGGUGACCUUAAUUUUGACAACUGUUCCUCAGAUGAUGCCCAGGAACAAGAGCAUGAACUGUUUACCCACUUCACAGAUCCCUGUAGGUUGGGGCCAGGUCAGGAGCAGCCUUGGGCCAUAGGAACCCUGCUGAGUGUCCCAACACUACACUGUCCAGUGGCCUGCUGUCCUGAGAAACUGAGAAGUGCUCUGGAGCAGGAGGAUGGGAGAUGCAUGUACCUUGCAGGUCCUCCCACUGGGACCCUCCCUUCGGCAUCCUGGCAGGGAAGAAGAAUAGAUUAUAUCUUAUAUCGGAGAGAGCCUAAUACCCUUCUCAUCCCAGCCGUAGAGCGAGUGACUUUCAGCACAGGCCUGGCUGGCCUCACUGACCAUCUGGCUGUAGGGCUACGACUCCGGGUGACCAUGGAGCCCAGAACUACGUCAGACCUAGGCAAGGCCAACAUACAGAAUGAUCAACAGACUGAACAAUGAAAGCAGCAAACUGUGACCU